AUGUGGAAUCAGCUGUGGAAUCUCUGCAACAACCACCGUUUCAGCAAAGGCCUCCACAGUUUACAGACUGAGUUUUACAGAGAACUGAGAGGAGGUUGCUGUGGGCCAUGGUUGUCGCUGCCUCAGAUCAGUGACAAGAACUUCACUGCAGAAUGUGUGAGGGAGCACAAUGAAGCCCACUCAGCUGUCAGCCCAUCUUCGAGUGAAAUGCUUUACAUGUCAAAGAAGAAAUUCCAGGCAACUGAGGCUCCGGUACUGAAUACCAUAACUUUCAAAGAUCGUACUGAGCUCCCUAUGCCUACCAGUGUCUGCUCGUUUCAUUCUGUGUUACCAGAGGAUGUUACUGAGUUAGAAUUUUUGAAGGAGUCUAUUGCCUGGCCAGAAACACCAUCUCUACCAUCUGACUUUUCUCUGAACGACACAAGUGAUCCUGUUCACAGCACCUUCACCAUUAUUCCAAAAGAUGGUGGUGGAAGUUGGCACGUAGGCGAUCAACUGAAGGUUUUGAUAAAAAUUGCUGACUUCCAUAGUCGUCCAAAGAAGUCAGGGGGAGACGUUCUUCUUGCUCGGAUACACAACCCUACUCUUCAUGCAGGCGUGGCAGGGCAAGUGGUGGAUCAUCUCAAUGGUUCCUACACUGCUGUAUUCUCUUUACUCUGGGAAGGAAGUGCACAAGUAGAGGUAACCCUGGUCCACCCCAGCGAGGCAGUCACAGUGCUACAGCAAAUCACCCAAGAGCAGCCUGCUAGAAUUUCUUUUAAAAGCAUCUUCCGCUCAGGUUCUGUCACUGAAACUGCCACAUGUAAUGUGUGCCUAAAGUCUCCCCCGGAGCAGCUGUGCAACUUCACUGACAUCCGCACAGGUGAGCCUUGGUUCUGCUACAAGCCAAAGAAACUUAAAUGUGAGGACAGGCUCGACCACUCAUUUGAAGGAUUCAGUCAAAACCUAAAGCCAAUGGAGGACAAGCUUUUUCAAAGGGGAGUCAACAUGAAAGUCUUCCUUCGAGCAUCAGGGCCUUCUAACAUCACUAUUUUUCCCAAGCCAAAAGAUCUGAAGGAAACAACCUUCAGAAACACAUCAGGGGAAAGUGUUAGGACUCAGCCUUCAGGUUAUUACUAUCAGGGAACAUGGCAAGCACUAGAAAGCACCACAGUUCACCAGUUUACCAACAGCUCUAUUAGCCAGUGUCUAAAAGGCAAGGUGCUUCACCUGUACGGAGACUCCACCAUCAGGCAGUGGUUUGAAUAUUUACUCACAUCAACAGAAGAUCUCAAGAAGUUUGACCUCAAAACGGCAAAGCAGACAGGACCUUUUAUUGCCUUGGAUUAUACAAAGAACACCAUGGUGACAUUCAACUGCCAUGCUCCUCCCAUCCGUUUUGGUAACUUGCCAGUCAGUCUCCAACAUUAUGUUGCCAAUGAACUGGACAAUGUAGUUGGAGGCACAGACACUGCCAUAGUUAUUGGAGUCUGGUCCCACUUCAGUACUUUCCCUGUUGAGGUCUACAUCCGUCGUCUUCUGAGCAUAAGGAAGGCAGUAUUACGACUGUUAAACAGAGCGCCAGGUACGGCGAUCAUCAUCCGGACUCCUAAUCCCAAAGCUUUGACACUCUAUGAGACACUAACCAACAGUGACUGGUUUUCACUUCAGCAAAACAAAUUACUCAGGAUUAUAUUUAAAGGGGUGAAUGUUAAAAUUGUUGAUGCCUGGGAGAUGACUUUGGCCCACCACCUGCCACACAACCUCCACCCACAGCCACCUAUAAUAAUGAAUAUGGUAAAUGUUGUUUUGUCCCACAUAUGUCGCUCUGAAGGGAAAAUUUAUAAAAGCUACUAUGGAAGUGGAACAACAAGGUAAUCAGGCAAUAAAAAUGUACUUAUGAUCUGAAAGAAACCCUGAA